AUUAUAUUACAUAUUAUAAUACUGGAACUCUCGCAGAAACGAUUAAUAUAUUGCGUCAAUGGCCUUCAAAUAAGGAUUUGCUUUGUGCUAUUCACGAAGCGUAUCAACAAGCUUUGGAUUUUGCAAAAGUUCUUUCAAUAAUUAAUCGAAAUGAA